UCUUCCUUUCUAGCGGUUCGAGAAAACUUGAACCGCGACUUCUAUCGCUCCCUCUCUUUCUGUCUCUUUAAAAGUUUCCGAUUAACAUGGGAGGGGAUCUUGAUUCCUCCAAUAACAGAAUCAUAAAGUUUCUCUACAGCUAUGGCGGCAAGAUUCUUCCUCGUCGCAUCGAUGGCAAGCUGCGGUACGUAGGUGGACAUACUAGGGUUCUUGCUGUGGAUCGAUCUAUUUCGUAUGCAGAGCUGAUGGUGAAGUUAGGGGAGUUGUGUGGAUCGUCGGUGACUUUGAGGUGUCAGUUGCCUAAGGAGGAUCUGGACGUGUUGGUUACGGUCACCAGCGAUGAAGAACUCGCUAAUGUAAUUGAUGAAUACCAUCGGGCUUCUUCGUCGUGUUGUAAGAUCAGAGCCGUUCUUUCGCCGCCCAAAUCUCUCAAAACUAUUUCUCCGGUUUCAUCAACUACGUCCAGCGUCGAUUCCUCUGAUUUCAGAUCGAUUACCGCAGUCUGCGCUCAUCGAUCAGCCUCUCCGCCUAUGCUGGCUCACCGUUAUCCUGGUCCUCGUUCAGUAUCUCCGACUACGACGGCGCAUAGAUGGUCCACCCGUAUCUCGCCGCCAAUAGAGAAUCCCCUCUAUGCCCGCUGGGAUACGGCGAAGCUCUGUUACAAUUCCUAUCGCAAUCCCUGUGACGUUGGUGGAAGCCAUAGAUAUUACUGAAUAAGUAAAGAAAACCAAAAGUCGAUACCAGUAUAUGAAUAGAAUUUGAGAAAAUGAUGAAGAAAAAUAUAUAGAGAAGUUUUGAUACAAAUAUUUGUAAUUCUGUAAAUGGUUUGAAUUGUUUGUUUAUUCAGAUUGAUGUAUUGAACUGAGAGUUGGAAUUGAUUCGCCGAGAAUUUGGGGAGUACAUGCUAUGAAUCGUCGAUAUUUAAUUCCUGAAAUUCG